AUGAAGCUGCUCCAAUUCCGGACUUUGUGGGGUGUUACGGACGAGUGCGACGGCCCUGCCGCGCGUUCGCCUGUGCACACGAUGGAGGAAACGAUUCCCUUGUUGGCCCAGUUGGGGUUCGAUGGAAUCGAGAUCCCUUUCAAACUCCUUCUGUUCCAUGGAGUGGAAAGGAUGACGAAGCUGCUAGUGGAGAAUAAUAUGAAGUGCAACGUCAUGAUCUUCACAGACAACGUCGUCUGCCCUGGAGCGGGGAUUUUGUGGGGCGGACCGUACGAGGGGUACACGGCGCCGCCGACGGAGCCGAAGGGGGGAGUGUUAGAUAUGGAUGGGAGGGAGGGAGAUGCCUUUGCGGACAUGCACUUCGACGUGUGGAAGGAGCAAGUAAACAAAGCUAGCUUCUGGAAGCAUCGAUUUGGCCUUCCGCUACAUCUGAUUGUAUCUCACAGUGGGCGAGACUUCUUUACCGCGCGGAUGGCUGAGCAGUUCUUCAGAUGUGCAUUGGCUUUCGAAGUAUAUGCUGGAGAAGUCCCCAUCUGCCACGAGACCCACCGCUCGCGGAUCCUAUAUUCUCCUUGGAGGACGAUCGAAAUAUUGAAAAAUUUCCCGAGCCUCAAACUCUGUGCGGACUUCUCGCAUUGGGUUUGCGUUUCGGAAUCGAUGGACGGGAACGUCAGCAAGGCGAUCGAGUUUUGCUCCAAAAACGUCUACCACACGCACUGCCGUGUGGGGCACGAGCAAGGUUCGCAGGUUCCCGACCCAAGAGCAGAUGAGUAUACUAAAGUGAAUUUAUUUCCGAUCGUGGUGAUGUAUUAUGGAGUUUUUACGGGGCUUCUUAUAUCGCGAAAGGACGAAUCACAAUGAACGAUAGAUCAACAUAAUUAUUUCUUUCCAAUUUUGCCCCUUGCACUCUUUCAGGUGGCUCGGUCACGUCGAACAACACGAGACUUGGUGGAACAAAAUUUGGCAGCUCCAAAAAGCGCGCGGCGACAAGAUCACCAGCAUGAUCGCGGAGCACGGGCCGCCACCGUACCAGAUUUGCCAGCCGGGUGGGGCGAAGGAGCCACUCGCGAAGAUAUGGGAAGUCAACCACUGGAUUCACUUGCGCCGGCAACGGAAAUUCCUCGAGAUGUUCGGGUCGGAGAAUGCCAGCCACGUCAAGGAGUUGCCGAGUUUUGCCGAAAAUGUGCUCGCAGUUUUGGCAAUGCGAGAUAAGAAAAUCGCUGGGACUUCUGUGCAGAACGAUGUUCUGAUGAACUAAAAAUGGAUGCUAUCAACACAGCCGCGAAACGAAAUAAACGAAUUGAACGCAAUGCUUAUGGGAUAAUGAACGAGAUCCUUCCUUAUUCAAAU